AUGGAUGACCUGCAAAUCGGGGAACAGAGGCCAUCGCAGCUAUUCAGACGGAUGGCCGAGGCAGGCAAAAACGCAGGUGUAGCAUCGUCCACGGUAAAGAUGCUAUGGCUGAGGAGAUUACCCACACCCGUAAGAACAGCUUUAGUGGCUCACGAACAGUUAGACGCGGAAAAACUCGGAGCGAUUGCGGAUAAGGUACAUCAGACCAUCAAACAGGGGGUGAUAGCGGAAGUAAAGGAAGAGACGAAGGAUAGCAGCCUGAUACAUGAGAUAAAGAAAAUGACGGAGAAUUUCGAACAGCUGCGCGGCGAGACCUCCACAGCAACAGCAACGGAGCAGGUUAUGCGCAUACCAUCAGCGAUUCGGAAGGUUCGCGAGGAACUGUCAGCAACCCUGCGGCUGGAGAAGCAGACUACCACCCCCCCUGUCAGUUCUCAGCAGCGAGGUCCAGCGAGUUGGCAAAGAAGACAGAAAAACUAA